UGGUCUGUUUGUGGGCUGGUUGGUGUUGGUUGGCUACACAACUUUUUUUCUUCCUUUUCCUUUUCAUUUUCCUCUUCUUCUUCCUCUUCCUUCUUACCUAGCACAACACAACCUCCUCUCUAUCCAUCUAGUAUUUAAUUAUUUAAAUAUUGAACUAAGAGUGGGACCCCCCUCACGCCGUGAAGAGGGAAAGUGGUCAGAGGGAGAGAGAGAGAGAGAGAGAGAGAGAGAGAGAGGAGGAGGAAAGGUUCAUGCAUCUUGCCGCUUCAUCGCAUUUCCCUGCCCUCGCCCUCCAGAAAAAUCCAGUCUUUUUCUAUGGGAAAUUGCAUUCCAUUCCAUUCGCCAUUAAAUUAAUUAAUCAUACCAUUCCAGUGAUCCCUCCUUACUACUUCAAUUGAGAUUACUUUCGCUUUCUCCCAUCGCUGCUGCUUCUCCGCGUAUUUCAUUUUUUCAUGCUUAAUUUCUCCUUUUCUGUAAGGCCGCUCGAGUUUUCCUCCAGACUGCGCUGCUGUGUUUCACUGCUGCCCUUGCCCUUGCCCUUGCUGUUUUCGGAUUGAUCUUUGAAUCCCAGGGCCAACGGAAUAGAUGUUCUUUCCUGGUUUUGAAUAUUGUCAACGCCCUCUAUAAUGUUCUCUGAUUGGAAAACAAGCAGUAGUGCAAGAUUGUAUUUCGCCAUCUGCCUUCAGAACUGCUUCCUAUAAUGGAACUUACUCUUUCCAAAGAAGCUGAAACCAAAAACUAUGGCGGAAAUAUUCACCAUGAAUUCUGGCCACUUGAUCCGAUUGAUCCUAAAAAGGCAACAUUCCCGUGUUGUGUUGUAUGGACGCCUCUGCCUGUAGUGUCGUGGUUGGCUCCUUUCAUCGGGCAUGUUGGGAUAUGUAGGGAGGAUGGCAAAAUUUUAGAUUUCUCCGGCACCAACCUCAUUAAUGUUGAUGAUUUUGCUUUUGGCUCUGUGGCAAGAUACCUUCAGUUGGACAGGGCACAGUGCUGUUUUCCUCAAAAUCUUGCUGGACAUACAUGCAAGCUUCGCUACGCCCACACAGAAUACGGGACAUCAAUCACAUGGGAUGACACCCUGCUGUCAAGCUCCCGCCACUUUGAGCACAAAUCUUACAACCUCUUCACAUGCAAUUGCCACUCAUUUGUUGCUAAUUGCCUAAAUCGUCUCUGCUACAAAGGAUCGAUGAAUUGGAACAUGAUCAAUAUUGCAGCUCUUGUACUGAUCAAGGGCAAGUGGGCUGAUGCCUUGUCCGUCGUCAGAUCAUUCUUGCCCUUCAUAGUGGUGCUCUCCUUGGGAGUUUACAUGGUUGGUUGGCCCUUUUUAAUCGGAUUAUUCUCGUUUUCGUUCCUCCUCAUCGGAUGGUUUCUGAUAGGUACUUAUUGUUUGAAGAACUUGUUGGAUUGCUAAGUGUCUGUAUUCCUUCACGGCAAUCAUUUUCAAUAAGGUGCAAGUCUUAUGACAGAGACUUUCGGAUCUAUAUACUCCAUUAUACACAGAAUUAGCCUCGUAUUAAUUAUGAUUUCUAUGAUUUAUUUGCUCA